CUGUAUGUGCCGUGGGGCAGAUUGGCAAAAAUACAGAAUUAAUUUAUCCUUAUUGUCUUGAGAGUUAUUGUUUUAUUUUUCCAGGAUAACAUCAAUUUCACAUCUAUGGGAGAAUCCAAAUAUGCUUAUUUGGUCACUGAUGACGGACUUUAUCGUGUUAAUAUCCCUGACUUUGAUCCACCACACCAGCCCGAAUUCAUGCUCGAGUGUGUAGCUGAGGAUUUUGAUGAUAUCAUACUCCCAACUAUGGGAAUCUUCAGCAAAGGGCAGGAUGUAUAUUUGUUUGGGGGCUUGAUGUUUGGGGGGAGAGGUAAUGCACAGUAUAACAGGAGCCUGUAUUUUUUCAACCCUCGCAAGGUCAAGGAGAAGGAAUAUCCCAUUAGGGAUUCUAAGUUACUUUACAAAUCAAGUCUUAAGUACGUACCCAUGGUUACUCCUUCUGUGUUACAAGCUAAGCAUAAGACUUACUUAUUCUCAGUUGUUCGUCCUCGCUACGGUCCAAUGAAAUCACUCUGCUAUUUUCAGUCCUUCGAUCCACUCAAAAAUUGCUUUUGCACCCUUCCAACUCCCUCCCUAGAUGAUUCGUUUCUGUGGUAUGAUGUGGUUGGGUAUUUUCUUGUUUACGAUCAUAUAUACGUGUUUAUCCAAGGAGGGGCCAAGGACGUUAACGAGCUUCAUGCCUUCUCUUUCAACACUAGAUCAUCAAAAUGGAAGGAAUUAGAUUCCUUGUUGAGCAAAUUUGAAGAACGCAAAAUUCCCAUUCCCUAUUGUCACUGUGGCGAUAUAGGGCUCUCUUAUAAGUUUAACGAUAACACUCAGAUUCUGGUCGCCCUUAGUUAUGGUACACCUACUGCGUAUCGUGUUCGGCUUGGUGCAGCCGGGAGUUCUCUCCGGCCUAAAUCCUAUAGGCAGUUACUUGAACAUAACUAUGGGGUUCAUAAUUUCUCACACCUACUUGAUAUUGGAAGUCAAAGGUUUUGUGCGAUUUGUUCUCGGGAGGACAAACAUCUUUUGGUAUAUGCCUUCAAGAUGGAUUUUGCAGUUGAAUAUGAAAACCAGGGAAAGUCAGCCUCACUUGCAAUGCCCUCCAUAGAGAUUCUCUGUUCCAGGAAAUUUUUUCCCUCCGUAGUUACUUGUGUUUGUUUGGCCUAUGCUCCUGCAUCUCAACGUUGUAUUCCCUGGGAUAAAGUCAAGCCCAUAAAUGAUAAGUCUAAUGAAAAGGAGCCAAAAAGGAAGCCAGGUGUUGUGUAUCUCGAGGUGUAGAGGCUUUGUAAGGAGAUGAUGAUUUAUCU